UGCGGGAGGCGCAUGCAGCCGGGAGCUCCGUGCCACGACUUGCAGGGAUACUGCGAUGUCUUCCAAAGGUGUCGCCUCAUCGAUGCCGAGGGCCUGCUCUCCAGGCUCAAGCGACUCGUCUUCGGUGGCAGGGGCGCGGGCAGCGCACUUCUGCGCUACUGGUACCUGACGGUGGUGGCGGUCGUGUUGGGCGGUGCUGCCACAAUCGUGUUCGUGCGAAUUUGCGCCGUGUGCACGCCAAGUACAAACCCGCACCUGCCGCCGGAGAGGGGCAUCCUAUCGAGUGCACUUCAGCCGGUCUCCUUGUUCAAGGACAUGACGCGUUUCCAGUGA